UAUUAUUACUGGUUUUGUUUUUCUAAAUUGUGGUACCCUGCUGGACUCUGGGCGUCCAAUCUCGUAAUCGAAAGCCUAACAACACUUUUCUAUCUUACUUCAACCGUCCGAUCAUUUACCCUUGCGCUGCCCACACGUCAUCACCCUAGACCAGUAUGAAAUUGACAUUCUACCUUGGGGCUCUCCAAGCCCUCCACUCCCGUCCAGUCCCCCACUCCCGUCUAGUCCUCUACUCCCGUCUAGUCUUUCACCCCCGCCAACCCCUCCUCGCUCGACCCUUUGUGACCGAAGCAGAGAAAGUUGCCUCUGCCCGACGUGAAUUGCUUGAGAAGAUCUAUGAGCCGUUUGCGAAACUUGACAAAAACAGUCCAGAAUACAAUGAAUUGGCGACAUCGGGGCGUGUUUGGGAAGACUACUGGCAACCUGGGGAUAGCGAUAAAUAUGGCUAUACAAGAGUUCAACAGGAGGUUGCGUCAACCCUUCUAAAAAUCGACACGUUGAAGAAUGCUAUGAGCGUUCCUGCAUCUGUUGUCGCUAAACAACUUGUCAACUCCUACGCUCAGCAGUCCGCCGCUAUCGAAGGAAAUCGUCUUAAUCAGAGCGAAAGUAUGGUGAUCGACGAACAACUUCGUUCUGAAGUCUUUAGUAAGACUCCUCUCGGCUCCAUGUCAGCAGAUGAUAUCAGGAAUUUGGACCUCCCAGACCCUUCGGUUGUCCUUCCUCAGGCCGACAAGCUUCAACUUAUUGAGCUACGAAACCAUCUUGUUGCCUCACACUGGAUUUCCGAGACUUCGCCGAGGGCUCAGUGUUCUUCAGGCCUGGAUGAGAGCGAGGUACGCGCCCUCUCUGCUCUUACUAUGAGAGACUUGGAUCCUCAUGAGAAGAACCGCUAUCCAACCUGGUGUGGGGAUCCGGUUAUGCUCGGGGGCUAUCGUACAAACCCUGCAGGUAUCAAAAGCAACCCUCUGGCAGUGUUUCCAUAUCCCCUUGAGGUGGAUGCAUGUAUGCGUCGGUUUUUUCAAUGGCGUCAACGAGUUUCCGAAGAAAAGGAGCUACAUCCUGUGAUCAUUGCUUGUCAGACCGUGGUAUAUUUUUUACAUAUCCACCCCUUUCCCGACGGCAACGGCAGAGUUUCGAGGAUGAUUAUGCACGACUACCUGCUCCGACACGGAUACAUACCCAUUGUUUUUACCCCUUUCAGCCGACCAGAAUACCUGAGAAUGAUGAUGAACGCGCAGGAUGGCAGGCCUGGCGAGUUCGUUUCUCGCGUUGUAACAAUUCAGCUGGAGUGGAUGCAGACAUUUCAACUGCAGGACAUGGCUAGGAAUUCCCACCACGAGUAGCUUAUUUAUAGUGUUCUCACAUUACUAUCAAGCAUCUGCCACAAGGCAAAUAAAACAUAUCAUCAGCGAUGA